CAAACCCAGGGCUUCUACCACUGAGCUAAAUCCCCAACCCAAACAAUUCUUAAGAAUCCUUAAAUGUCUAUGGAUUUUCAACCCUCUUGCUAUGAUGUAAAUCUAGUCCACUGUCUUACAGAUACCUAUAAGUCCCUGGGAAAAGUUCUGCUACUGCAUCAAGACUCUGGUCUGACCAAACCUAGCAGUCUCCAGAGCCCACUUUAACCUCACCCAUUUUUGAGAACCCUUUGCAGCCUCCCUCCUCCGGCCUGGGCCAAGGAGCUCUCCAGAUAUGCCAGCCCCUGCACCAGCUGGCACCAGCUCCAAGGAUGCCAACCCCCAGCCAAGGACACCCACUGGGAUGGAAGCACCCCCACCUCCAGAGAAAUGACAGAUGUGAUGGUUCCUACCAUCCUGAAGAACUCAUCCCUCAAUUCAUUGCUGGUGCCACCUCUCCAGGCUCAGGCGGGCACCUGCCCAGCUACUGGAACCUGGUUUUCCAAGACGUCCCAAUGAAGGGCAUACCUACUCACGAGUCUCUUCUGUACAACCAGGGCCCUUCCCUGUUCCAUUCUUUCUGGCAGUUAUCAUUCUACCCAUGGCUAGCACAGCUCCUAAGGCCAAUGAUAACCAUCUAUUUUUUCUCCCAGCAACCUCAAGGAGCAGACACCUGAGAUCUCCACACCAGAGAUUUCCACAAUGACAGCUAACACCGCUUCUUCACUCAGGCCUCCCACCGGUGGACCCCGCUGAGGACACACUCCGGAGGCUGCGGGAGACUUUCAACGCAGGGCGGACUAGGCUGCUGAGUUCCGGACAUCACAGCUACAGAGACUGGGCCAAUUCUUGCAGGACAACAAGCAGCUGCUGCAGGAUGCACUGGCCAAGGACGUGGGCAAGUCAGCCUUCGAGUCAGACAUGAGUGAGAUCAUCCUGUGCCAGAAUGAGGUGGACCUGGCCCUCAAGAACCUGCAGACCUGGAUGAAGGAUGAGUCUGUGUCCACCAACUUGCUCACGAAACUGAGCUCAGCCUUCAUCCGGAAGGAGCCCUUUGGCCUGGUGCUUAUCGUGGCACCCUGGAAUUAUCCUUUGAACUUGAUGAUUGUGCCCCUAGUGGGGGCCAUUGCUGCAGGGAACUGCGUGGUACUGAAGCCCUCGGAGAUAAGCAAGAACACAGAGAAGGUGCUGGCCGAGCUGCUGCCCCAGUAUCUGGACCAGAGCUGCUUUGCUGUGGUGCUGGGUGGGCCCGAGGAGACCGGGCAGCUGCUGAAACAUAAAUUUGACUAUAUCUUCUUCACGGGAAGCCCUCAAGUAGGCAAGAUCGUGAUGGCCGCUGCUGCCAAACACCUGACGCCCAUCACCCUGGAGCUGGGGGGUAAGAACCCCUGCUAUGUGGAUGACGACUGUGACCCUCAGACCGUGGCCAACCGUGUGGCCUGGUUCCGCUACUUCAAUGCUGGCCAGACCUGUGUGGCCCCCGAUUACAUCCUGUGUAGCCAGGAGAUGCAGGAGCGGCUGGUGCCGGCCCUGCAGAACGCCAUCACACGUUUCUAUGGAGACAACCCACAGACCUCACCUAACCUGGGCAGAAUCAUCAACCAGAAACAUUUCAAGCGUCUCCAGGGACUGCUGGGCUGUGGCCGCGUGGCCAUUGGUGGCCAGAGCGAUGAGGGAGAACGCUACAUUGCACCCACCGUGUUAGUGGACGUGCAGGAGACAGAGCCCGUGAUGCAGGAGGAGAUCUUCGGGCCCAUCCUGCCCGUGGUGACCGUGAAAAGCCUGGAUGAGGCCAUCGACUUCAUUAACAAGAGGGAGAAGCCGCUGGCGCUGUAUGCCUAUUCCAACAGCAGCCAGGUGGUGAACCAGAUGUUGGAACGUACCAGCAGUGGCGGCUUUGGAGGCAACGAUGGUUUUCUCUACCUGACUCUACCUGCCCUGCCCCUGGGGGGAGUUGGCAACAGCGGGAUGGGCAGGUACCACGGCAAGUUCUCCUUCGACACCUUCUCCCACCAGCGAGCCUGUCUGCUGCGCAGCCCGGGGAUGGAAAAGCUUAAUGACCUCCGAUACCCUCCUUAUGGUCCCUGGAACCAGCAGCUGAUAAGCUGGGCCAUGGGCUCCCAGAGCUGCACUCUUCUAUGAGUACCACCCUGACUCCCCGCUGCUGCCCAGUCCCUGACCUACCUGAGCUUUCAGCUGCUCCCACAUCCCCAGUGGUUCCCGAAAGGCAGGUGUCUGCCUGUAAACACCCCACUUCUGGAACUUUUUCUGAACAGACCUGCAGCCAAGCAGGACCUCCAGGUGGCUGGUCCAAUCCCUUCCCAGAGCACAGCCCCCUCAGCAGCCUCCUGACCCUCUGUUUAGACAGGUCUGCUGUCAGAGAAGCCCCCUCCCCAAGGCUGGGCAGAUCUGGUGACUGAGGAGGACUUCCUUUGUCAGAUCAUAAACUGGGUCCCAAAAGACAGAGCAGUGGCUCACAGCUCCAUCCACACCCAGAGGGUGGCUUUGUCCCAUCUGAAGUGACAUGAUCUUGAACUCAGGUCAGAUUAAUUGGUGAAUCUGUCUGAAGUGUGUUCACUAGUUACUUUUCUGUUACUUCUAUCAAAAGACAAGUUCAAGGGGGAAGAUUCUCAGGUAGUUCAUGGCUUCAGGAGGUUCUAUCCCCCAUGACUCAGCAGACAUGACAGAAUACAGUUCAGCUCAUAGGAUGACAGGCCAGGAAGCAUCAUGAAUAAGAAGGAAAGCAUGGUUGAUUAGUCAUGUCUGCUCUGGCCCAGGGAGGGCUGUGUGUAUGUGUUGGCUACAUCUCUACUCCUAGAAAGAGGUAGUGAAAGGUAGAAUAUGAAAUUGGAGACUUGGGGCUAAAGAGAUAGCUCUGUGGUUAAGAGCACUGACUGUUCUUCCAGAGGACUGGGAUCAGACCCCAGAGGCCACAUCACAGCUCACAACCAUCUGUAACUCCAGUUUAAGAGGAUCCAACACCCUCUUCUGGCCUCAGCAGGUAUCAGGCACACAUACGAUGCCCAGACAUACUCAUAGGCAAAACACUCAUACAUGGAAAAUAAAAUUUAAAAAUAGAGGCUUGGAA